CGGGUGCCAGUCACCCCCUUCGCGUGGGUUGACGUCAAAGUCCGGGUCCUCCUGCGGCCUCUGCCGGUAGAAACUCUCGAAAUAACAGAGGGCGCGAGGAGGAGGGGGAUCAGGUCUAUGAUGUCAUCCCUUUCCCCCUCGUCCGUGCGAUGACGACCAUCACGCAAACAAACAACGAGAGAGGGAGAUGGCUCGUCAUCGCCCUCGCUCGCCCUUGGGUGGGCUAGUAUAUAGACCGGUCGGGUUCGAUCGACCACCUGAUCGAAACUACAACUAUCACGUUUCCUCUCCUCUUCUCUCAACAAAACAAUCUUCAUCGCAUCUUCUAGGCCAAUCCCCUACCAAACUCAACUAAACCAACCUAACUCUCUCGAAAUGUCUGCCAACACCAACGUUAACAACACUUCUUCCACCGGCGGAGUCGUCGACCACGUCAAGACCUUCUUGUCGGGAUCCAACAAGGCCGACUCUACCGAGGUCUGCACCGAGACUGCCCCCGCUGUCGUCCAGGAGCACGUCUCCCGUAACGAGACUGUCGAGCAGAUCGAGGCCAUCGACAGGGAGAGGCACAUUCACCACCACCAGCACCGAGUUCAGCCCAUCGUCGACCAGCAGACUUUGCCCACUCAGCACCAGUACAAUGUCGUCCCCGAGGUAACCAGGGAGUCCAAGCACGACAUGCUCCCCGAGCACAGGGAGAAGCUCGAGCAGCAGCGAACCCUCUACCGGGACACCAAGGAGGUCGGUGAGACCCAGCGAACCUUGGCUACCGCCCCCGCCGUUGCCGCCGAGCACGUCCACCACCACGUUCACGAGACCAUCCAGCCGGUCAUCAACAGGGAGACCGUCCAGAACACCCACGUUCACACCACCAUCCCCAUUCACGAGAAGAUUCACGACGCUCCUAUUGUUCACGAGCACACCGUCUUGCCUACCGUCUCUUUGGCCGAGUUCCAGGCCAAGGUUGGAGGUGAACACCAGCACAAGGACGGUGACCACACCCACGCCUACUACGAAGGUGCCCCGAGGGUCGGGGCCGACGGAUCCAAGCUCUCAGGGGACCACCACCACAGCCACCACGGUGCCGAGGCCGCCGUUGCCGGUGCCGCCGCCAAGAAGGCUCUCUAAUCGCAUCGUCGUGUAGAGUUUCCUUUCCGACAACCCCUCCCCUUCUUCCAGACCAGGUCGUGAAGGACCGGUCUUCAUAUAGUUUUUGAAUAUCAGCAACGACCAAUGUAUCGUCCAGACUUCGUACACGCUUAUUAAUAUGUUGACGACGUGAA